AUGGGAACAGUUUUCUGGUCCAGUUGUGCUGGCAGUCCCAAAUCUGCUUUUCGUUUUGCAACCCAUGAUACGAUUAUGUUCAUUUGGCCUGAGACCACAGUGAAGCAGCUUGAUAGCAAGGACUCAAACUCCAAGAUCUAUUACACAAGUUACCCCAAAUGGUUCAACACUGUGGAUUCCUCAUUGGAGGGUAUCAUAAAACCUAAACCUAAGAAAAGUGCAGAUGUUGUUGCACGUUAUAAGAGAUCAACCAAAACAAUUGGUUGUAAAGCUAGAUUGAUUUUGAAAUAUGACAUAGCGAAGAGAACAUACCAUGUUUUAAAAUUCGAAGAGGCGCACAAUCAUUGUCUAGUUAGCCCUACAUCGCGUCAAUUUUUAUUGGGUAAUAGGAAAAUGACUUUUUUGCACAAAAAUUUCAUAUAUAAGAAUGCACGUGUUAAUAUAGGACCGGUUAAAUCCUUUAGAUUGUUUAAGGAAAAUGUCGGGGGUUAUGAGAAUGUGGGAGUGACAAUGCAAGAUUUUAAGAAUUUCCAUAGGGAUUUGAAAACAUAUAUUAAAGGAGAUGAUGGGAAGAUGUUGAUCGAGAAUUUUAUCAGAAAAAGAGAUAUUUACACGGGGUUUUAUUUUGAUUAUGCUUUAGAUGAGGAGGACCACAUUUCACGUUUAUUUUGGGCCGAUGCGAUAAGUAGAAAGAAUUAUUGUUUAUUUGGAGAAAUGGUUACUUUUAAUUGUAAUUAUAACACCAAUAAGUAUAGCAUGGUUUUAGCCCCUUUUACUAGUGUAGAUCAUCAUAAGUCUUGUAUUACAUUUGGUAUGGGUUUAUUAGCUAAGGAAGAUAGUGAAUCUUUUGAGUGGUUAUUUAGAACUUCUUUUACAUUGUAUGGGGGAUUGUAUGCCAACAUAUUUGAUAACUGA